AUGGCUUUAAUCCAACCAUCUGUUCGCAUCUUGGCACAUCAGCACAUCGGAGGUGCUGGGAUGUCCUCUGCAUCUCUAUUAGUAAAUCUUCUUUCAGUUUUACUCAUGCCUUUUGUAUUUGGAGAAACAGAAGUAAGAUUUGCUGGACAAACGGAAUUUAUUGUUAAUGAAACAAGUACAACAGUUAUUCGUCUUGUCAUAGAGAGAAUAGGAGAACCAGUAAAUGUUACUGCAAUUGUAUGGCUGUAUGGUGAAGAUACCGGGGAUUUUUUUGACACAUAUGCUGCGGCUUUUAUACCUGCUGGAGAAACAAAUAGAACAGUGUAUAUAGCCGUAUGUGACGAUGACUUACCAGAGCCUGAUGAAACUUUUGUUUUUCACUUAACAUUGCAGAAUCCCUCAGCAAAGGUGAAACUUGGAUGGCCAAGAACUGUUACUGUCACCAUAUUAUCAAAUGACAAUGCUUUUGGGAUUAUUUCACUUGAUAUGGUUGAAGGUGGCCCAAAUCCACCAGAAGAAGAUUUGAGUCCAGUUAAAGGAAACAUCACCUUUCCCCCUGGCAGAGCAGUUGUAAUUUAUAACUUGACAGUACUUGAUGAUGAGGUGCCUGAAAAUGAUGAAAUGUUCUUGAUUCAGCUGAAAAGUUUAGAGGGAGGAGCUGAGAUCAAUGCUUCUAGGAGCACAGUUGAGAUUAUCAUUAAGAAAAAUGACAGUCCUGUAAGAUUUGCUCAGAGUAUUUUUUUGGUACCUGAGGAAGAUCAUAUACUUUUGAUUCCAGUGGUUCGUGGGAAAGAUGAUAAUGGGAAUCUGAUUGGCUCUGAUGAAGAUGAAGUUUCCAUCAGUUAUGCUGUUGUGACUGGGAAUUCAACAGCACAUGCCCAACAAAAUGUAGACUUCAUCGAUCUUCAGUCCAAUACAACUAUUUUGUUUCCACCUUUCAUUCAUGAAUCACAUCUGCGAUUUCAAAUCAUUGACGAUGCCAUACCAGAGAUUGCGGAAUCCUUUCAUAUUGUGCUGCUGAAGGAUUCCUUACGGGGAGAUGCUGUGCUGUUAGGUCCUUCUGUUGCACAAGUCACCAUUAAACCAAAUGACAAACCUUAUGGAGUCCUGUCCUUCAACAGCAUCUUGUUUGAAAGGACAGUUAUAAUUGAUGAAGACACAGUCUCAAGGUUUGAAGAAAUUACUGUUGUCAGAAAUGGUGGCACCCACGGGAAUGUGUCUGUGAACUGGUUGUUGACACGAAACAGCAGCGACCCUUCACCAGUGACAGCUGAUAUCAGUCCCAGUUCUGGAGUUCUCCACUUUGCCCAGGGGCAGAUGGUGGCAUCAAUUCCUCUAACUGUUGUGAAUGAUGAUCUUCCCGAAGAGGCAGAAGCUUUUCUGAUUCAAAUCCAGCCUCAUACAAUACGCGGAGGUGCAGAAGUAAGCGAACCAGCAGAGCUUUUGUUCUACAUUCAAGAUAGUGAUGAUGUUUACGGCCUGAUAACAUUUUUUCCCAUGGUAAACCAGAAAAUUGAAAGCAGUCCAGGUGAACGAUUUUUAUCCUUGAGCUUUUCAAGACAAGGUGGAACUAAAGGCGAUGUGAGGCUGCUUUUUUCUGCACUUUAUAUUCCUGCUGGACCUCUGGACCCUUUGCGAGCCAAAGAUGGCAUUUUAAAUGUAUCUAGGAGAAACAGCCUCAUUUUCCCAGAGCAGAAAACUCAAGUUACUAUGAAAUUACCAAUAAGAAAUGAUGCAUUCCUUCAAAAUGGGGCUCACUUCCUAGUACAGUUGGAAAAUGUGGAAUUGGUGAACAUAGUUCCUCCAAUCGCACCUGUAAGUCCUAGAUUUGGAAAAAUCCGUAAUAUUUCUUUACUGGUUACACCGGACAUUGCAAAUGGAGAAAUUGGCUUUACUAGCAAUCUUCCAAUCAUUUUACAUGAGCCGGAAGAUUCUCCUGCUGAAGUGGUAUACAUUCCAUUACAUCGGGAUGGAACAGAUGGACAGGCUACUGUCUAUUGGAGUUUAAAGCCUUCUGGCUUUAAUUCAAAAGCUGUGACUCUGGAUGAUAUAGGUCCCUUUAAUGGCUCUGUUGUGUUUUUAUCUGGGCAAAGUGACACAACAAUCAACAUUACUGUCAAGGCUGAUGACAUGCCUGAAAUGAACGAAACAGUAACACUUUCUCUAGACAGGGUCAAUGUGGAAAAUCAAGUGCUGAAAUCGGGUUAUACUACCCGGGACCUAGUUAUUUUGGAGAAUGAUGAUCCUGGAGGAAUUUUUGAGUUUUCUCCUGUUUCUAGAGGACCCUAUGUUAUACAUGAAGGUGACUCUGUGGAGCUCCACAUCAUUCGAUCCAGGGGAGCACUGGUGAAACAGUUUCUAUACUACCGAGUAGAGCCAAGAGACAGCAAUGAAUUCUAUGGAAACAUGGGGGUGUUAGAAUUUAAACCUGGGGAGAAGGAGAUUGUCAUCACCCUGCUAACGAGAUUGGAUGGGAUACCAGAGUUGGAUGAACAUUUUUGGGUGAUCCUCAGCAGUCACGGUGAACGAGAGAGCAAACUGGGAAGUGCGACGGUCGUCAACAUAACGAUUUUGAAAAAUGAUGAUCCUCAUGGGAUUAUAGAAUUUGCUUCUGAUGGCCUUAAUGUCUUGAUCAAUGAAAAUAAAGGAGAUGAUAUCUACAGUGCUGUUUAUGAUGUGAUAAGAAAUCGAGGAAACUUUGGUGAUGUUAGUGCAUCCUGGGUCGUUAGUCCAGACUUUACACACGAUGUAUUUCCAGUUCAAGGGACCAUUUUCUUUGGAGAUCAGGAAUUUUCCAAAAAUAUCACUAUUUAUUCUCUACCAGAUGAGAUUCCAGAGGAAAUGGAAGAAUUUACCAUUACCCUUCUUAAUGUCACUGGAGGAGCUAAAAUAGGAAAUAAAACAACUGCAAUUCUGAGGAUUGGAAGAAAUGAUGACCCCAUUUAUUUUGCAGAACCUCGUAUAGUAAGGGUUCAGGAAGGUGGCACUGCUUACUUUACCGUUCUCAGAAAUGGAUCUGUUGAUACUCCCUGCACUGUUCAAUAUGCCACUAUGGAUGGGAAAGCAACGGCAAGAGAGGGAGACUUUGUACCCGUUGAAAAAGGAGAAACACUUGUGUUUGAAGUUGGAAGAAGAGACCAGAGUAUAUCUGUGUUUGUCAAUGAAGAUGAUAUUCCAGAAACAGAUGAAUCCUUUUAUAUAAUCCUCUUUAAUUCAACAGGUGAUACUGUAGUAUAUCAAUAUGGAAUAGCUACAGUGAUAAUUGAAGCCAAUGAUGAUCCAAAUGGCAUUUUUUCUCUUGAGCCAAUAGACAAAGCAGUAGAAGAAGGAAAAACUAAAGCAUUUUGGGUUUUGAGGCACCGAGGACAUUUUGGCAAUGUUUCUGUGACUUGGCAGCUAUUUCAGAAUGAUUCUGCUUUGCAACCUGAACAAGAGUUCUAUGAAACUUCUGGAAUUGUUAACUUCAUGGAUGGAGAAGGAGCCAAACCAAUAGUUCUCCAUGCUUUUCCAGAUAAAAUUCCUGAAUUUAAUGAAUUUUUCAUUCUAAAACUAACAAACAUAUCAGGUGGGUCGCCCGGUCCAGGGGGCCAACUAGCGGAAACCAACCUCCAAGUGACAGUAAUGAUUCCGUUCAAUGAUGACCCCUUUGGAGUCUUCAUCUUGGAUCCAGAAUGUUUAGAGAGAGAAGUAGCAGAAGAUGUCCUCUCAGAAGAUGAUAUGUCUUAUAUUACCAACUUCAUUAUUUUGAGGCAACAAGGUGUCUUUGGUGAUGUGCGAAUAGGCUGGGAAAUACUGUCCAGUGACUUUAUUGCUGGGUUACCCCCAAUGAUAGACUUUUUACUGGUUGGAAUUUUCCCCAGCAGUGUACAUCUACAACCUCACAUGCGACGCCACUAUAGCGGAACAGAUGCUUUAUACUUCAGCGGACUAGAGGGUGCAUUUGGGACUGUUAAUCCAAAAUACCAUCCCUCCAGGAACAACACAAUUGCCAGCUUUACAUUUUCAGCCUGGGUGAUGCCUAAUGCCAAUACAAAUGGGUUUGUUAUAGCAAAGGAUGAUGGCAAUGGUAGCAUCUACUAUGGGGUAAAAAUUCAAACAAAUGAAUCCCAUGUGACACUUUCUCUUCAUUACAAAACAUUGGGUUCUAAUGUUACAUAUAUUGCCAAGACGACAGCCAUGAAAUACUUAGAAGAAAAUGUUUGGCUUCAUCUUCUGAUUAUCUUAGAUGAUGGCAUACUUGAAUUCUACCUUGAUGGAAAUGCCAUGCCCCGAGGAAUUAAGAGUUUGAAAGGAGAAGCCAUUAUUGAUGGGCCUGGGAUUCUGAGAAUCGGGGCAGGAGUGAAUGGCGAUGACAGGUUUACAGGUUUGAUGCAGGAUGUGAGAUCCUAUGAGCGAAAACUGACCCUUGAAGAAAUUUAUGAACUUCAUGCUGUGCCUGCAAAAAGUGAUUUACAUCCCAUUUCUGGAUAUAUGGAGUUCAGACAAGGAGAAACUAACAAAUCAUUCAUUGUUUCUGCUAAAGAUGACAAUGAAGAAGAAGGGGAAGAAUUAUUCAUUCUUAAACUGGUCUCUGUAUAUGGAGGAGCUCGAAUUUCUGAAGAAAAUACUACAGCAAGAUUACUAAUACAAAAAAGUGACAAUGCCAAUGGCUUGUUUGGUUUCACAGGAACUUGUAUACCAGAGGUCCUGAAUAUAUAUGUUCUUGAUGAUGAUAUUCCCGAGCUCAAUGAAUAUUUUCGUGUAACAUUGGUAUCUGCAGUUUCUGGAGAUGGAAAACUUGGUUCAACUCCCACCAGUGGUGCGAGCAUUGACCCUGAGAAGGAAACAACAGAUAUCACCAUCAAAGCUAGUAAUCAUCCAUAUGGCUUGCUGCAGUUCUCCACAGGACUGCCUCCCCAACCCGAGGACGCAAUGACCCGGCCUGCUAGCAGUGUUCCACAUGUCACAGUACAGGAGGAAGAUGGUGAAAUCCAGUUAUUGGUGGUCCGUGCACAAGGACUCCUGGGAAGAGUUGUGGUGGAAUUUAGAACUGUUUCUUUGACAGCGUUUAGUCCAGAGGACUACCAGAGUGCUGCUGGUACACUAGAAUUUCAACCAGGAGAAAGAUUUAAGUACGUUUCUGUAAAUAUCACAGAUAAUUCUAUCCCAGAACUGGAAAAAUCUUUUAAAGUUGAGUUACUAAACUCAGAGGGAGGAGUGGCUGAACUCUUUGGGGUUGAUGGCAGUGGGAGUGGUGAUGGGGACAUGGAAUUCUUCCUUCCAACUAUUCACAAACGUGCCAGUCUAGGAGUGGCUUCUCACAUACUAGUGACCAUAGCUGCCUCUGACCAUGCUCAUGGUGUAUUUGAAUUUAGCCCUGAGUCACUGUUUGUCAGUGGAACAGAACCAGAAGAUGGGUGCAGCACUGUUAUUUUAAAUGUUAUCAGAAGUCAUGGGACUUUGUCUCAAGUGACUUUGCAUUGGAACGUAGACUCUGAUCCCGAUGGUGAUCUUGCUUUCACUUCUGGCAACAUCACAUUUGAGAUUGGACAGAAGACUGCCAAUAUCACACUGGAAAUAUUACCUGACGAAGAUCCCGAGCUGGAUAAGACAUUCUCUGUGUCAAUCCUUGGUGUCUCCAGUGGCUCUCUCGGAGUUUACACUAAUGCAACAUUGACAGUAUUGGCAAGUGAUGAUCCUUAUGGAAUAUUCAUCUUUUCUGAGAAAAAUAGACCUAUUGAAGUUGAAGAGGCAACUCAGAACAUCACAUUAUCAAUAAUAAGGUUGAAAGGUCUCAUGGGAAAAGUCAUCAUUAUGUAUGAAACAAUGGAUGAUAUGGAAAACCCACCUUAUUUUCCACAUAAUUUAGCUAGAGCAACUCAAGGGAGAGAUUAUAUUCCAGCUUCUGGGGUUGUUAUUUUCACAGCUAACCAGAGUGAAGCAACAAUAGCGAUUUCAAUUUUGGAUGAUGAUGAACCAGAAAGAUCAGAAUCUGUGUUUAUUGAACUACUAAACUCUACUUUAUUAGAGAAAAUACAAGAUCGUCCAAUUCCAAAUUCUCCACGCCUGGGACUGAAGGCAGAAACAAUUGCUCAUCUGAUUAUUACUGCCAAUGACGAUGCUUUUGGAAUACUUCAACUUUCAGCACCAGUUGUUCGAGUGGCAGAAAAUCACGUUGGACCCAUUAUCAAUGUGACCAGAACAGGAGGCGCAUUUGCAGAUGUUUCUGUGAAGUUUAAAGCUGUACCAAUAACUGCAAUUGCUGGCGAAGACUAUAGUAUAGCCUCAUCGGAUGUGGUCUUGCUAGAAGGGGAAACCAGCAAAGCUGUGCCAGUAUAUAUUAUUAAUGAUAUUUAUCCUGAGCUGGAAGAGUCUUUUCUCGUGCAACUGGUGAAUGAAACAACAGGCGGAGCCAAGCUAGGGGCAUUAACAGAGGCAGUCAUUAUUAUUGAGGCCUCUGAUGACCCCUAUGGAUUAUUUGGUUUUCAGAUAACUAAAAUUAUUGUAGAGGAACCUGAGUUUAACUCAGUGAAGGUAAACCUGCCAAUAAUUCGAAAUUCUGGGACACUUGGCAAUGUUACUGUUCAGUGGGUUGCCACCAUUAAUGGACAGCUUGCUACUGGCGACCUGCGAGUUGUCUCAGGUAAUGUGACCUUUGCCCCUGGGGAAACCAUUCAAACCUUGUUGUUAGAGGUCCUGGCUGACGACGUUCCGGAGAUUGAAGAGGUUAUUCAUGUGCAACUAACAGAUGCCUCUGGUGGAGGUUCUAUUGGGUUAGAUCGAGUGGCUAAAAUUGUUAUUCCUGCCAAUGAUAAUCCUUAUGGUACAGUAGCCUUUGUUCAAUCGGUUUAUCGAGUUCAAGAACCUCUGGAAAGAAGUUCCUGUGCUAACAUAACUGUCAGGCGAAGCGGAGGGCACUUUGGUCAGCUGCUGCUGUUCUACAGUACAUCUGACAUUGACGUGGUGGCUCUUGCUGUUGAAGAAGGCCAAGAUUUAUUUUCCUACUAUGAACCGCCAAUUCAAGGGGUGCCGGAUCCACUUUGGAGAACUUGGGUGAAUAUCUCUGCAGUGGGGGACCCGCAGUAUACUUGUGCUACUUUGUGCCUCAGAGAACAUGCUUGUUUAGCAUUUUCAUUUUUCGGUGCUCCUGAGAGUCCUCAGUGUUUCUGGAUGACAUCUUGGAUCAGUCCAGCUGGCAAGAGCUCUGAUUUCUGGACCUACCGGAAAAACACAACCAGAGUCUCAUCUCUUUUUAGCAGUCAGGCUGUGGCUGGGAGUGACUAUGAACCUGUGACGAGGCAGUGGGCCAUAAUGCUGGAAGGGGAUGAAUUUGCAAAUCUCACAGUUUGUAUUCUUCCUGAUGAUUUCCCGGAGAUGGAUGAGAGUUUCCUGAUUUCUCUCCUGGAAGUUCACCUCAUGAACAUCACAGCCAGUUUAAAAAAUCAGCCCACGAUAGGACAGCCAAAUACUUCUACGGUUGUUAUAGCGUUAAAUGGUGAUGCCUUUGGAGUGUUCAUCAUCUAUAGUAUUAGCCCCAAUGCAUCAGAAGAUGGCCUAUAUGUUGAAGUUCAAGAGCAACCACAAACCACGGUGGACCUGGUGAUCCACCGGACAGGGGGCAGCUUAGGCCAAGUGACAGUCGAAUGGCGUGUUGUUGGUGGAACGGCUACUGAAGGUUUAGACUUUAUUGGCGCUGGAGACAUUUUGACUUUUGCUGAAGGUGAAACCAAAAAGACAGUUAUCUUAACAAUUUUGGAUGACUCCGAGCCAGAGGACGAUGAAAGCAUCCUUGUUAGUUUGGUGUACACCGACGGUGGAAGCAGAAUCUUGCCCAGCUCUGACACUGUUAGAGUAAAUAUUUUGGCCAAUGACAAUGUAGCUGGAGUUGUUAGCUUUCAAACAGCUUCCAGAUCUGUCAUAGGUCAUGAAGGAGAAAUUUUACAUUUCCAUGUGAUAAGAACACCCCCAGGUCGAGGAAAUGUUACCGUUCAUUGGAAAAUUAUUGGGCAAAAUCUAGAACUCAAUUUUGCUAAUUUUACUGGACAUCUCUUCUUUUCUGAGGGUUCAUUGAAUCAAACAAUAUCUGUGCAUUUGUUGGACGACAACAUUCCUGAAGAGAAAGAAGUAUACCAAGUAAUUCUGUAUGAUGUCAGGACACAAGGAGUUCCGCCGGCAGGAAUGGCUUUGCUUGAUACUCAAGGUUACGCAGCUGUGCUCACCGUGGAAGCCAGUGAUGAGCCACAUGGCGUUCUAAAUUUUGCCCUUUCGUCAAGAUUCAUCUUCGUGGAAGAGGCUAAUGUAACCAUUCAGCUUUUCAUCAACAGAGAAUUUGGAUCUUUAGGAGUUAUCAAUGUCACGUAUACCACAAUUCCUGGAAUGCUGGGUCUGAAAAACCAAACAGAAGGAAAUCUAGCAGAGCCAGAAGUGGAUUUUGUGCCACACGUUGGCUCUCUGAUUUUAGAAGAAGGGGAAACAUCAGCAGCCAUCAACAUUACGAUUCUUGAGGAUGAUACACCGGAGCUAGAAGAAUAUUUCCUCGUGAAUUUAACUUAUGUUGAACUUAUCAUGGCUCCUUUAACAUCAUUUCCUCCCAGGCUGGAUUCAGAAGGCUUAACUGCGCAGAUUAUUAUUGAUGCCAAUGAUGGUGCCCUUGGUGUAAUUGAAUGGCAACAGAACAGGUUUGAAAUAAAUGAAACCCAGGGAAGUUUAACAUUGGUAGCCCAGAGGAGCAGAGGGGCUCUUGGCUAUGUCUCCUUGUUUGUGUAUGCACAGAAUUUGGAAGCACAACUAGGGCUGGAUUAUAUCUUCACCCCAAUGAUUCUUCACUUUGCUGAUGGAGAAAGGUAUAAGAAAGUUGACAUUAUGAUUAUGGAUGAUGACAUUCCAGAAGGAGAUGAAAAUUUCCAGCUGAUUUUAACAAAUCCUUCUCCUGGACUAGAACUGGGAGAAAAUACAAUAGCUUUAAUUACUAUCCUUGCUAAUGAUGACGGCCCUGGCGUUCUGUCAUUUAACAACAGUGAGCACUUUUACCUCAGAGAACCAACCGCUGUCUAUGUACAGGAGAGUGUUGCAGUGUUGUACAUUGUUCGGGAACCUGCACAGGGUCUCUUUGGAACUGUGACAGUGCAGUUCAUUGUGACAGAAGUGAACUCUUCCACUGAAUCUAAAGAUCUGACCCCUUCCAAAGGAUAUGUUGUUCUAGAAGAAGGUGUUCGUUUCAAGGCUCUGCACAUUUCUGCCAUACUGGACACGGAACCAGAAAUGGAUGAACAUUUUGUUUGUACCUUGUUCAAUCCAACGGGAGGUGCUAGAUUAAGGGCUCCUGUUCAUACCUUGAUAACAAUCUUGCAAAACCAGGCCCCUCUGGGGCUAUUCAGUAUCUCUGCGGUUGAAAAUAGAGAUACCUCCAUAGCCAUCGAAGAAGCCAACAGGACUGUGUAUUUAAAUGUGUCACGUACUAAUGGCAUUGAUUUAGCUGUGAGUGUGGAGUGGGAGACAAUAUCUGAAACAGCCUUUGGAACAAGGGGCAUGGAUGUUGUAUUUUCUAUAUUUCAAAGUUUUUUUAAUGAAUCUGCUUCUGGUUGGUGUUUCUUUACUUUGGAAGAAAUAAUAUAUGGUAUCAUGUUAAGAAAAUCACCUAUAAAGUUUUCUACUGUUUAUCGAUGGCAAGGAAUUUUCAUUCCUGUUGAGGAUCUAAAUAUAGAAAAUCCAAAAACAUGUACAACAUUUCAUAUUGGUCCUUCUCCCUACCUUGUGAUCACUCAUGAAGAUGUAAAUGAAGAAAAGUCUUCUGUUAACAGCGUGUAUACAUUCACAUUGGAAUUUAAAUUAUUACUGGUGCAAACAAUCAUUAUUUCAGAGAGUUCUCAAGUAAUGUAUUUUACUUCAGAUAAUCAACAUUACUUAAUUGUUGCUAGUCAACAAGAUGAUUCUGAAUUAACUCAGGUCUUCAGAUGGAAUGGAAGAAGCUUCAUGUUGCAUCAUAAACUCCCUGUACGAGGUGUGCUGAGCAUGGCCUUGUUCAGCCGAGGAGGCUAUACAUUCUUAGCUGUUGCCCAGGCUAAAGCUAUGCUAAAUGCCCUUUUGUUCAGAUGGUCUGGUAGUGGAUUUAUUAACGAUUUUGAAGUGCCAAUCAGCGGGAUAACGCAAGUCGAGGCUUUGUCUUCAGGGGAUGACAUUUACUUGAUUUUUGCCAAAAAUACCUUCCUAGAAGCUCAUAAUUCAACUGAUAUUUUCAUCUGGGAAACUGGACAAUCUUCUUUCAGAUACUUUCAAUCUCUGGAUUUUACUACUGUUCAUCAGAUACACUCUUUUACACCACCCUCUGGAAUAGUCCACAUACUUCUUAUUGGCCAAGAUUCAUCUGCUCUUUACUGCUGGAAUUCUGAGCUGAAUCUGUUCUCUUUUGUUCUGGAAGUGCCUUUUGCUCAUGAUGCAACUUCUGUUAUGGUGACAUCCCUUAAUUCAAGCAAGAACUUAAUUGCACUAGGAGGUACUGGGAACUCUCACAUAUACGAGCUGGUGUACAUCUCCAGGCAAUCUGACUUUAUUCCCAGUUCAGGUGAACUGAUAUUUGAACCUGGAGACAGAGAGGCUAUAAUAUUGGUCAAUAUCCUUGAUGAUGUAGUUCCUGAGGAAGAAGAAUCCUUCAGAGUUCAACUGAAAAAUCCUAAAGGAGGAGCAGAGAUUGGUACUCAUGGUUAUGUAAAAAUAACUAUUUUGUCUAAUGAUGAUGCCUAUGGAAUUGUUGGAUUUGCUCAGAAUUCAUUAUAUAAACAAGUGGAAGAAAUGGAGCAAGACAGCCUCAUAACCUUGAAUGUUGAACGCUUAAAAGGAACAUAUGGUCGUGUAACUGUAGCAUGGGAAGCUGAUGGAAGUAUUAGUGAUAUAUUCCCUACAUCAGGAGUGAUUUCAUUUUCUGAAGGCCAAGCACUGUCUACAAUCACACUGACUGUUGUUGCUGACGAUGUACCAGAGUUAUCAAGGGCUGUGAUUGUAACACUCAUCAGUAUUACCACGGAAGGAGUGGAGGAUUCAUCAAGAGGUGCUACCAUUGAUCAGAAAAGGAAUAAAUCCAUGAUCACCACUCUACCCAAUGACUCACCCUAUGGCUUGGUGGGAUGGCAUUCUGAGUCUUUCUUUUUAAGAGUAUCAGAACCAAAAGAGAACGUCACCCUUCUUCAAUUACAAAUUGUUCGUUAUAAAGGACUGUUUGGGGACAUUGCUAUUCACUUGAUAACUAAACCCAAUUUCUUACUGCACAUCAAUAAUCAAGCUACUGAAAAUGAAGACUAUGUGUUAGAAGAAUCAAUAAUAAUAAUGAAAGAAAACAUAACAAAAACUCAUGUUAAAAUUAUCAUAUUGCCGGAUGAUACCCCUGAGUUGGAGGAAGGCUUUAUUGUCAAUAUCACCGAUGUGCAACUGGUGAACUCUGACUUCUCAGUGGGAAAGCCAAGUGUGUGCAGACCUGGCAUGGAAAUAGCUGAAAUAGUGAUCGAAGAAAAUGAUGAUCCCAGAGGAAUCUUUAGGUUUCAUGUUACCAAAGAAACUGGUCAUGUUAUUAUUGCUUAUGAGGUGCCCCCGCCUUUGAAUGUUCUUCAAGUUCCUGUGGUCCGGCUGGCUGGAAGCUUUGGAGCAACAACUGUUUAUUGGGAAGCAACACUGGACAGUGCUGGCCAGGAAGACUUUAAACCAUCUUAUGGAAUUCUUGAAUUUUCAGAUGGACAAACUACUGCCAUGAUCAAUAUUAGUAUAAUUGAUGAUGCUGAAUUUGAACUCAUGGAGAUGUUCAAUAUUUCCCUGAUCAGAGUAACUGGAGGUGGGAGACUUGGUGAUGAUAUUGUGGUAACUGUUGUUAUUCCACAAAAUGAUUCUCCAUUUGGAGUGUUUGGCUUUGAAGAAAAGACUGUUACAGUUGAGGAGACCCUUUUCUCUGAUGUCCCUGAUUCUUAUGUAACAUUAACAGUUGUCCGGUCUCCAGGAGGUAAAGGAGCCGUCCAACUUCACUGGACCAUAGAUGAGACAGCUAAAGAUGAUCUCAGUCCUUUGAAUGGGACACUUGAUUUUGAUGAGACUGAGUCCCAGAAGACCAUUGUCUUGCACACACUUCAAGAUACUGUGUUGAAGAGAGACAAACGUUUCAUUAUUCAGCUUAUUUCGGUUGAUGACGCAGAAAUAUCUCCCGUGAAAGGAAGUGCUUCAAUAAUCAUUCGAGGAGAUAAGGAAGUGUCAGGAGAAGUUGGAAUAGCUCCAUCAUCUAGACAUGUCCUCAUUGGGGAACCCUCAGCAAAAUAUAAUGGUACUGCUAUAAUCAGCCUUGUUCGGGGCCCAGGGAUUUGGGGAGAGGUGAUUGUGUACUGGAGAAUAUUCCCUCCUUCAGAUGGAGAAUUUGUUGAAACAUCUGGACAACUGAUGAUGCGUGAUGGACAGUCUGCAGCCAUUGUUGUAAUACAGGCAUUGAAUGAUGAUAUUCCUGAGGAAAAGACUUUCUUUGAGUUUCAGCUCACAGGAGCCAGCGAGGGAGGUACACUGAGUGAAUCCAGCCGCACAGCUAACAUCACAAUGGUGGCCAGCGAUUUGCCCUAUGGUCGAUUUUCCUUCACACAGGAGCAGCUGCGCGUGGCAGAAGAAACACACCAGGUGAACAUUACCAUCAUCCGAUCACAUGGAGCUCUUGGCCCCGUGAGGCUCUGGUACGAGACAGUAAGUGGGACAGCUGAGGCUGGCUGGGAUUUCCUUCCUGUGGCUGGGGAGCUGCUCUUCGAUCCUCUGGAGACGGUGAAAAGUGUACAAGUCCAAAUACUCAAUGAUGACCUUCCCGAAGGCCCUGAGGAAUUUUCUCUAAUAGUUACUAAAGUGGAACUCCAGGGAAGAGGGUAUGAUUUUACUGUUCGAGAAAAUGGACUCCAGAUAGAUCAACCACCUGAAAAAGGAAACAUCUCUGUUGUUCGAAUCAUAAUAAUGAAAAAUGACAAUGCAGAGGGCAUCAUUGAAUUUGACCCAAAAUAUACUGCCUUUGAAGUGGAGGAAGAUGUUGGGAUGAUCGUGAUUCCGGUGGUGAGACUGCGUGGCACCCACGGCCUGGUGACAGCUGACGUCAUCUCCCAGAGUUCCUCUGCCUUUCCAGGGGGUGUGGACUACAUACUGCACAGCAGUGCUGUGAUCUUUCAGCAUGGGCAAAAUUUAAGUUUUAUCAAUGUCUCCAUCAUUGAUGACAAUGAAAGUGAAUUUGAGGAGCCCGUUGAAAUUCUGCUAGCUGGAGCUACAGGCGGAGCGGUCCUUGGGCGCCACCUAGUGAGCAGAAUCACGAUUGCCAAGAGUGACUCUCCCUCUGGGAUUGUGAGAUUUCUCAAUCAAAGCAAAAUUUCUCUUCCUAACCCGAAUUCCACAAUGACCGUUUCCUUGGUACUGGAGCGAACUGGAGGACUGUUGGGAGAAAUUCAGGUGGACUGGAGAAUACAGGGGCCUAACUCACAGGAUGUACUGCCCCCACACAACAGUGACAUUGCAGACCCCGUGAGCGGGUCCUUCUAUUUUGAAGAAGGAGAAAGAGGUCUAAGGACUAUAGCACUGACAAUCUAUCCCUCUGAAAAAAUGGAACCUGAAGAAGCUUUCAUUAUUGAACUUAAGCUUAUGAAAGGGGAAGCUAAAUUAGACUCCAGAGCUAAAGAUAUUACAUUAAUAAUACAAAAGUUUGGUGAUCCAAAUGGAAUUGUUCAGUUUGCUCCGGACUCUUUAUCUAAGAAGACAUACUCAGAGCCAUUGGCUUCUGAAGGGCCUCUGCUCAUCACUUUCUCCGUCCAAAGAGUAAAGGGUGUUUUAGGAGACAUUAUGGUUUAUUGGGAAUUAAGUAGCCAGUUUGAUAUUACAGGAGACUUUUAUUCCACGAAAGGAGUUUUUUCCAUUGCUGAUGGACAGAGUGAAGGGAGCUUUGAUAUUCAUCUGCUGCCUGAUGACAUACCUGAGAUAGAAGAAGAUUAUGUGAUCCAGCUUGUUUCUGUAGAGGGCGGAGCAGAACUAGAUCCAGAAAAAUGCAUCACACAAUUUGCUGUUUUUGCAAAUGACGACCCUCAUGGAAUAUUUGCCUUGUAUUCUAACCACCAGUCAAUACUUAUUGGGCAGAACCUUAGUAGAUAUAUCCAAAUUAAUGUUACUCGGCUUGCUGGAACAUUUGGAGAUGUGGCUGUUGGAUUUCGAAUAUCAUCUGACUUUGAGGAACAGCCAAUUGUUACUGAAAAUGAAGAGAGACAACUUGUGGUCAAAGAUGGUGCCACAUAUAAAGUGGACACAGUGCCAAUAAAGAAUCAGGUCUUCCUACUACUGGGCUCCAGUUUCAUAGUGCAACUGGAAACAGCGGUGCUUGUUGGUGCACAAGCCUAUGGAGUGCCAAAAAUUCUCCAGGAAGCCAAGUCAGCUGUCAUACCUGUUUCAGAAAAAGCUGCCAAUUCUCAGGUUGGAUUUGAAUCUACUGCUUUUCAACUUACGGACAUUGCUGCUGGAACCAGCCGUGUUGUGGUUUCGAGAAGAGGCACGUAUGGCCCGCUCACGGUUGCCUGGACCCGUGGAUAUGAGCCAGGAUCAGAAAUCUCUGAAUUCCUGGUUGUUGGCAACAUGACACCCAAUCUGGGAAGCCUUUCUUUUUCUCAUGGUGAACACAGUAAAGGAGUUGUGCUGUGGACAUUUCCAAACCCUGGUCUACCAGAGGCUUUUGCCAUUCACCUGUCAGGAGUGCAUAGCAGUGUACAAGGUGGAGCUCAGCUUCGAUCUGGUUUCACAGUUGCUGAGAUUGAACCAAUGGGAGUCUUUCAGUUUUCCCCCAGCUCAAGAAGUGUCAUAGUGUCGGAGGAUGCACACACAAUCACAUUACAUGUACAGAGACUGUUUGGGUUCCACAGUGAUCUUAUUAAGGUUUUCUAUCAAACCACUGGAGGAAGUGCAAAGCCUCUGGAAGACUUUGAACCUGUUCACCACGGGGAGCUGCUUUUUAAAAAAUUCCAAGUUGAGGUUGACUUUGAAAUAACCAUUAUUAAUGAUCACCUUCCUGAGGUAGAGGAACAUUUUUAUAUUAAUCUAACUUCAGUGGAAAUUAGAGGACUAAAAAAGUUUGAUGCUAAUUGGAGACCACGAUUAAAUUUAGACUUUAGUGUUGCAGUGAUUACAAUACUGGAUAAUGAUGCCAUGGUAGAAACAGAUGCUCCUCUCCCUAUGACAACGGUGGCUGGGGCAGUUGACACAGCUCUCAUCCCUGUGAAAACUGACUCGACUACAUACCCUGACGGAGCAGAGAUAACAGCCAUUCCACAGCCAACCGAAACGGUCCCCGUGGUGACUGAGGCAACUACUAGUACAUAUGCCUUGCCUGAGAAACUUGUCACCAUUCCUGAGACAUCCACCAUGUCGGAGAAGCCUGCUGAGGACACUGUGCCGGCUGCGGAUGUUUCUAUUCAUGGGACCUUUAGUCUGGGGCCACCUGUUGUUUACGCUGAAGAGGAGAUGAAGAAUGGCACACUCAGUACUGCUGAGGUUCUUAUCCGAAGAACUGGUGGGUUUAUGGGCAACGUCAGUGUAACUGUUAAAACCUUUGGAGAAAGAUGUGUUCUAGAGGAACCAAACGCGUGGCCUUUUCAUGACGUCUAUGGAAUUUCCAACCUAACUUGGGCAAAAGAAGAAGAAGACUUUCAAGAACAGACUCUUCUCCUUACAUUUCUAGAUGGAGAAAGAGAAAGGAAAGUGUUGGUCCACAUUUUGGAUGAUGAUGAGCCCGAAGGACAGGAAUUCUUCUACGUAUUUCUUACAGAUCCUCAAGGGGGAGCACAGAUUGUGACUGGAAGGGAUGACACCGGAUUUGCCGCUUUUGCUGUGGUCAUUAUUUCAGGGAAUGAUCUCCAGAAUGGCAUUUUAGGAUUCAGUGAGGAAUCUCAGAGUGGACUAAAACUGAGUGAAGGAGCUAAUAAGAGAAGUCUAAACCUUAUUGUCAUAAGGCAGCCAAACAGGGCCUUUGAAGAUGUCAAGGUCUUUUGGCGAGUCUCUUUCAACAAAACCACUGUUAUACUCCAGAAAGAUGGUGUGAAUCUGAUUGAUCAGCUUAUGUCCAUAUCAGGGACCACGACUUGUAUAACUGGUCAAACAAAAUGCUUCAUCACCAUUGAGCUUAAACCAGACAAGAUUCCUCGAGUUGAAAUGUAUUUUUUUGUGGAGCUUUAUGAAGUCACUGCUGGAGCUGCAAUAAACAACAGUGCCAGAUUUGCUCAGAUCAAAGUCUUACAGAGUGAUGAACCUCAAAGUCUUGUAUAUUUUUCUGUGGGUUCUCGACUGGCUGUGGCUCAUAAGAAGUCCACUUUAAUCAGUUUGCAGGUGGCCAGAGAGUCUGGGUCAGCAUGGAUGAUGUCUGUGAACUAUAGUACCCAGGAGUUGAGGAGUGCUGAAACUAUCGGCCGUACUCUCAUAUCUCCAGCUGUGUCUGGGAAGGAUUUUGUGAGAACUGAAGGCAUACUGCUAUUUGAACCUGGCCAGAGAAACACGGUGGUGGAUAUCAUCCUAACCCCUGAGACAGCUUCUUUAUAUCCAUUUCCUAAACGCUUCCAGAUUGUGCUUUUUAACCCAAAAGGUGGGGCCAGAAUUGAUCGAAUAUACGGGACUGCCAACAUCACUGUCGUCGCUGACUCAGAUUCUCAGGCUGUUUGGGGACUUGAGGACCAGCUGCACCAGCCCCUGGACAGCGACAUACUUAAUAGAGUGCUCCACAACAUCAACCUGAAAGUAGCCACCGAGAACACAGAUGAGCAACUCAGCGCCAUCAUGCAUUUAAUAGAUAAGAUAAUUGUUGAAGGAAAAAACCAAGCAUUUAGUAUCGAAAGCCGGAAUCUCGUCUAUGAAAUUCUUUGUGCUCUUGUCAACCCAAAGCGCAAGGAUACCAGAGGAUUCAGUCACUUUACUGAAGUGACUGAGAAUUUUGCCUUUUCUCUGCUGACUGAUGUUACCUGUGGCUCUCCUGGUGAAAAAAGUAAAACUGUCUUUGACAGUUGUCCAUAUUUGUCAAUACUGGCUCUUCACUGGUAUCCUCAGCAAAUCAAUGGGCACAAAUUUGAAGGAAAGGAAGGUGAUUUUAUUAGAAUUCCUGAGAAGUUAUUGGAUGUCUCCGAUGCAGAAAUGACUGGGAAGAGUACAUGUAAAUUAGUCCAGUUCACUGAGUACAGCAGUCAGCAGUGGUUUAUAACUGACAGCAAGCUACCUGCCCUGAAAAAUAAGGUAUUAGCAUUGAGUGUGAAAGGUCAAAGUUCACAACCUCUGACUGACAAUAAUGAGGUUAUCUACAGGAUUUCUGCUGCUGAGCCUAGAAUUAUUCCCCAGACAUCUUUGUGUCUCCUUUGGAAUCAAGCUGGUUCAAGCUGGUUGUCAGCCAGUCAAUUCUGCAAGGUGGUUGAGGACACUUCAGAUUAUGUGGAAUGCGCCUGUUCACACAUGUCUGUGUAUGCUGUUUACGCUCAGACCGACAAUUUGUCUUCAUACAAUGAAGCAUUUUUCUCUUCGGGAUUUAUAUGCAUUUCAGGUCUUUGCUUGGCUGUUCUUUCUCAUAUCUUCUGUGCCAGGUACUCCAUGUUUGCAGCUAAACUUCUGACUCACAUGAUGGCAGCCAGCUUAGGUACACAGAUUGUGUUUCUGGCAUCUGCAUAUGCAAGUCCCCAGUUAACAGAAGAAAGCUGCGCGGCCCUGGCUGCUGUCACACAUUACCUGUACCUUUGCCAGUUCAGCUGGAUGCUCAUUCAGUCUGUGAAUUUCUGGUACGUCCUGGUGAUGAAUGAUGAACACACAGAGAGACGAUAUUUGCUGUUUUUCCUUCUGAGUUGGGGGCUUCCAGCUUUUGUCGUGAUUCUCCUCAUAGUUAUCCUGAGAGGAAUCUAUCAUCAGAGCAUGCCACAGAUCUAUGGACUCAUCCACGGUGACCUGUGUUUUAUCCCAAAUAUCUAUGCAGCUCUGUUCACUGCUGCUCUUGUUCCUCUGAUGUGCCUUGUGGUGGUGUUCGUCGUAUUUAUCCAUGCCUACCAGGUGAAGCCACAGUGGAAAGCAUACGAUGACGUCUUCAGAGGAAGAACAAAUGCUGCAGAAAUUCCACUGGUUUUGUAUCUCUUUGCCUUGAUUUCUGUAACAUGGCUUUGGGGAGGACUUCACAUGGCUUACAGACACUUCUGGAUGUUGGUUCUCUUUGUCAUUUUCAACAGUCUGCAGGGGCUUUACGUUUUUGUGGUCUAUUUUAUUCUACACAACCAGACGUGCUGCCCUAUGAAGGCCAGCUACACCGUGGAAAUGAAUGGGCACCCUGGGCCCAGCACGGCCUUCUUCACACAAGGAAGUGGAAUGCCUCCUGCUGGAGGGGAAAUCAGCAAAUCCACCCAGAAUCUCAUCAGCGCUAUGGAGGAGGUACCACCAGACUGGGAAAGAGGAUCCUUCCAACAAGCCACUCAGGCUAGCCCUGAGCUAAAGCCAAGUCCACAAAACGGCGCCACGUUCCCUUCCUCUGGAGGAUAUGGCCAAGGGUCACUGAUAGCUGAUGAAGAAUCACAAGAGUUUGAUGACUUGAUAUUUGCUUUAAAAACUGGUGCUGGGCUCAGUGUCAGUGAUAAUGAAUCUGGUCAAGGCAGCCAGGAGGGAGGCACGCUGACUGACUCCCAGAUUGUAGAGCUCAGGAGGAUACCCAUUGCAGACACCCACCUCUAG